UUUUUCAUCAUUAUUGAUUUCUGAGCCCUGCUUAUAGGCUUAUGCUCAUUAUAUAUAUACACAAAAUAUGUUUGUACUUUAAGGGACUGGUUUGAGGUUACUGUUGGAUGUAAAUUAAUUCAAAAUUUGUUUUGGUUUCUUGAUUCAACUUGCAUAAAAUGGAUAUCUCUUCAAGAAAACGUUUGAUGCCAACUGAGAAGCAAGUGCAAGAAGCUUUAGCUGAAGAAAUCAGAAAGCAGAGAGUCUCCCGAAUCCAGCAGGUACGUCAGCAAGCCAAUGAGUUGACAGCAUCGCAUCGUCAGGCUGUGGAGCAAGCAAGACAAGAAGAAAUAUCACGUCUGAGGCAAGAUGUCAUAAAGCAGUGGCAGCAACAACAAAACGAAAAGCUUUUGAUACUGCAAAAAGAGCUCGAUGAGGCCAUUAACAGCAUUGGAGAAGCACAUCGAGCUGCACAGGAAAAGGUGGUAGCUGCUGAAGCAGAGGCUGCACACCGGCAGCUACUCCAGCAGCGCGCAGAGGCCCGUGGAGUGAAGGCCCUGCAGGCAGAGCGGUGUCGGCGACAGCAGCUACAGGAUGAGCAUCAGAAACAAGCCAGGCUCCGUACACAGGUGAAGGCGGCCGAACAGCAGCGAGCCCUGCGGGUGGCACGGCUGCCUCUCCCUCCAUCUCUUCAGCCACCGCCACCAAGAGUUGCAGCGCCAGAGCCCCCGCCAGUGCUGGUGCAGGAGGCAGGCACGCUCGUCAUGUCGCACUACCGCCCCAAGCAGCCGCUCGUCUCACGCCAUGCCUGCGUUCCUACCGAAGAGGACAACGCGUGGGCGCGUGCUCAAGCUGAACGUGAGCGUGUGGAGCAACAGAGGGAAGAGAAGCAACGCGAAGAAGCAGAGAAAGAGAGAAGAGUUGCAGAGCGAGGGCGGCUUGCAGAGGAGAAGCAGAAGCUGAUCGAGAUGAGGGAGCGUCUCACCAGACUCAUGAACCGUGAUGAUCUCCAUGCUUUCUACAGGGGAGAAGAUGUUAUUUGCAUCUUGAGUGAAGAAUUCCACACGAACAAUCGACGCGAACAUGAGUCAAUUUCCCAGGACAGGCAUCUAAUAUCGUCUGAGCAACAAGCGCCCAGUGCAGCCUCUUCUGGGCCCCAGAUGUGCGAUAUCACUCAUAUGAACUCAAGGGGAGUUAGUGACGUGGAAAGUGCCACUGGCAUCAGUGGCAUGGAAAGCGCUAGUGGCAUCAGUGGCAUGGAAAGUGUCAGUGGUAUCAGUGGUAUGGAAAGUGCCAAUGGAAUCAGUGGCAUGGAAAGCGCUGGUGGCAUCAGUGGCAUGGAAAGCGCUGGUGGCAUCAAUGGGAUCAUUGUCCCAGAAAACGCCGGCGUCAUAAAUGGCACAGAAAGCUCAGAUUAUUCUGGUGGGACCAGACACACGGGAGGCUCCAGUAGUGAAAAUAAUAACAACGUUGACAACGUCUGUGAGGGUGACAGAGAUGGAUCGAAGGCUGCAACAACUACAAGCGCCACUGCAGGGACUGAAGUGACAUCGAAUGCUGCAGUCGGCUCAUACGAAGAUGGCGGUAGAUCUGGCGACUUGCGGAGCCCUGAAUUUGACGCAAAGGCAGCCCUGCAGCAAGCCGAAGAUCUCAUGGCUAGAGUGCGCGAGAUGAAGUUGCAGCGAGACCUUAUGAUUGCUUGGCCACCUCGCAGCAACACCGCCACAAGUAGUGAUGAAUGUACUAUCGACUCGUCUGGUUCUUGGAGAACAGUUGAAGACAGCCCCAGUGAGGGAGAUCCUGUGAACACUCAUCCUGCGAAGAAAAGCGCAUUGAAGUUUACUGAUCCUCGAAUUAGAGCUGCUCGACAGCAAACCAUCCAAAAUUUACGCGAACCAUCUUUGGAUGAAACGAAUAACGAGAAAACAAAGAAAAGUUUGGCCGAUUCGAGUAGUUUCGAUGAACAGUUUCGCGUUUUAUUAAAAUUUAAUGAAGGCUGUGGGACCGUGAGUGACCUGACAACCACGCCUACCUCUGAACACGUUGAUGAUAAUCUCGAAAAAUCCUUACACUAUAUCGAAGAAAUGAAAAAUUCACUUGGUAUAGAACAUAGUGUUACCUUCGAGAACAGCGAGUCGACGCACUCGUCUUCACUUAUGCAGGACCAAAUAUCCAGAAACUUGCAAUUGCUCAAACGCAAUCGGGAAAAUAUUGACAAGAAGCUUGGGGCUACCAUGCGUGCUCGAAACACUCAAGCAAGGAAAUUUCAGAAUAUCAGAAACAGGAAAAGAGGUGAUAAUGCGGAGCUUCCUCAUCCCACUGAACUAAAGCCCGGUAGCUCGACGUCGGAUUCCAGUGCUCGUGUACCGUUACAUUUACCAGGGCCUUCGUCGAGUGGUAUUCUUCGAACAGAACGUCCUCAUCCAAACCCUUUUUCAGGCACUGGAACUUGCGGGUCACUUGCAAGUGUCGAAGACUCGCCACCAGUUUCAGAGCCUACCAGUGUAUUGUCAGGGAGCGUGUGUUCCGUUACUACUCCGGCACGCAUUUACACAGAGAAGCUUAAAAAUGACGGUAGUGGUGCACGACCACUCAGGAAACGUGACAAGUUUGAACUACAGAAAAAAAUCCUUCUGCAUAAUUAUGUUAAACGUCUACUGGAUACGCACCAAUCCGACUUCGGUGCCUUAUCUUCUACUUCAGUGGAAAGUUCAGGAAUAGACUUGAGUUCAGUGAGAGUGCUUGCUCGGCUUGCAGGAAGAAACGUUAUCGUUGACAGUCAAAGCAGUUCAAGUGACUCGCAUGCCGGUGAUCGAGGUAUAGGAAGAGUUCCAAUAACAGAUGAGGCAGGUUCUCCUGCUCUUCCUCGAGAAGAAACCCAUCAUCUUGGGAGUGAUUUCAUAGAUGAACUGGAUCGCGUACCCUCGAGAUUGAGCGACAUAGAAGAGCUUUCUCGUAGGGACAUUAGUGUCCAGGUACCGAGUGCUCGUUCUUCAUUCCGUGGUCACAAGAAUACUCGUAGCUUGGCAGUGCAAUUUCCGUCUUCUGGCAGUCCCCUUUCUAGUGUGGCUGAUCAGAGAGCUCAUGUUCCUGGUUCUAUCUCCACGUCAGGAACUCCGUCAAUCCAGUUGUCUCAGGAAUUGAAGAAUAUUCACGAGCAAGUUAAUCACGACCAUGUUUCUCUCCCGUCCUCAGUGGAACACAUUUCUGGAUCCCAGACACAUGGCAAUCUAUUUUCUAAUUCAUCUGUGACUCUCCCUAUUUUUCCAUCGUCGUCCACUCCCACGAUGGGUGUGGGAGGUGGUAAAAUAGAAGGUGCAGUGUCCUCCAACGUUUCUCCUAUCGUCGCGGACGAUGCUAUUUCAACCGUUGAUCAAGUUUCAUCAGAUCAGCUUCAUUUCGAUAAUUUAACAGAUCGUCCGCAGUCAUCAUUUGGUGAUGCAGGCUUCCAGCGUCAAGAAGCAACUCGGAAUUACGAUGAUGAUAUCAAGCCUAGCACGAAAUCCGAUAACCCAACUGGCAGGUCGAUACCUCCGGGUAGUCGGGACGUGUCUGCUGCGUCUAAGGAUGUCCCAAAUUGGAGGACGAGUUACGAUUCCAAAGAAUCAUUUGACACCGACAUGCUAAGUUCAAGUGCAAUGGGCUCUGAAGAAUUCAGUGAGUAUAGCAGCGAAGAACUGCAAGUUAGGAAAGAGGUCAUCGAGAAGAAAAAAGCAAUUUAUAUGCGCCUUUUAGAGAUUAACGAACUUAAGCGACAAUACCUCAAGUUACAGCAAGAGAACGAACCUACUCGAAAUGACGUUAUUUCGGAAACUAUGGAACAUGCCGAAAUUCGUACGAGAGAAUACGAAAAUUCAAAGUCUGACGAACCCAGCGCACGAACGAAAUCGGGAGAAUUAGUACAAUUAGGGAGUCAAGCAUCUGAUCGUGACGAUAUGUUAACACAAAAUAACCCGGUGUCUGUUGACUUAUCUUCAGGUGCACAGUCAAUUCCCAAUGAACCUUCGUUUUUUAAUGAACUACAAAAUCGUCUGGAAUGCCUUAACCUUGAACAAGAGCGAUUACGUCAGUGUCUCCGUGAACACUAUACGCAUACGCGAAAAAUUCCCAGUCAGAAAGACGAGGGAACUUCUUCCCAGAGCAUUAAGGCUGUAAAAAGAACAGAAUCGCAUAAGAGUGACAAUAGAAGAAGGGAGCCAUACUAUGAAAUGAAGUCGAGUGCGUCAAGUACUUCGAAGCGUGACCAAUCCGUCCAUCCAGUGUCUCGUCGUGUACCAAAUGUCAGUCCCGAGGAGUCUUCGCGUGAGUGGGCCACAACUGAGGACUCGCUAGAAUUAGCUACGUUGAGUAAAGAAACUUCAGCAGAAAGUCACCAGCUACAACAUUCCUCGCCGGCAAGGUUUGGAUCUUGUUUGAAGGAGAAAGUUGCUGGGGAGUCGGUGUCUAAUUUUACGUCAACUGAGAUGUCCGAAGGUCUCAUCUCAUCCUCGUCAGCGUUUCAUCAUAGUCGGCUAAUACCUGAACUGACACAAGCAUCGUCCAUGAGUAAUGCCGCUGAUGCGUCUAUUGAAGAAGGUCUUUUAUCAAACUCAAAACUAUCGGCUUCUUGCGACUUCGAUGAUUCAAAGCUUGCUGUAAACAAAUCGGCUCCUAUUAAUGAAAGUUCUAGGUCAGUUAAUAACGAGUCUUUCAGAAAACUUAUGGAAAUUGUCGAUCUUAGGAAAUUGACUGGCUUAAGUAAGCAUCCGCUGAUUUCUAGAAACGAGUCUCCCGUUGCAGAAAUUUCAUCAAACAUUACACCAGACCACACUGAUGGGAGCGUCCCCUUGCUCGACCAUGUCACCGAGAGCGCGUCGUCCGUGAAUGAAACAUCAGACAUCGAGUGCUACGAUGCGGACCAGUCGAGCCGAGCAACGAGCAGCGUUCACUCUGAGAAUGACGCUGUGCCCGUUAGGUUACUGCUGCAGCAGAAGAGAUUGGAGGAGUCGCUACGUUCCGCCAGUGCCUCUGCCGCCACCAGCGGUGCGGGUACAACACACUCGUCCAGUAGUGACGCUCUCGGGGCAGAGCUUACUUCGAGGUCAGCAUUGCAGGCUCUUGUGGAAGGCGGCUCAUCAUCGUCGUCUGAUUUAGAGGAACUUCUGAAGAAGUUUGGCUGGGCAAGAGGAAUGCUAAACAAAAUGAAUAGGAUUGAUCUGGGAUAUUCUUCCUCUACUUCUGCUGAUUCCUGACGAACUGUGUGGACUUUUUAAUUUAGUAGAAAGUUCUGAAGUUAAAAGAAUCGCCUGAUAAGCAUCACCACCGAAGUGUUUCUUAGAGGACAGUGUUCACAAUUGUGCCUUAAAGAACUCAAUGCAAAAUCUCGUAAGUACUAUUGAGUUAUAAGAUUGUAAUCUGUGUUGACUCAGUCUGAGUGCAAUUGUAAAAUAUCGUGGCUUUUGAGCAGAGCAUAGUAAUAAUAAUCGUUGAUCA